AUGCUAGAAUCACUUGACGGCCAAGACGUGUUCCGCUUUGUCACGAUUGCAAGCCAUUUCGUCAACAUAAACCAAGAAUCAAUCAGAAUUGACGAAGACAAUGCGCCGUACGAUUACCUCAACGCCGCCCUGGGCUCACCAGUAGUACCCGGCACCUGGGAGGUACUAUGGACAGUUUUAUAUCCCUCACUUGCGUUAUCAUACGUCGAGCCUAAGCGCCUAGUUCGGGAUCAAGGACUCGGCGAGGACGGCGGCGCGCAUCUUGCCAUUGCAGAACGUAUAUUUUGGCCACCCUACAAAGAUGAAUGUCCCAAUGAAGAGUGCAGGGAAUACGGCAGGGUCCAUGGACAGCGUACGUUAGAAAAGCGGAAAGCUCUGACUGGAUACCUUUACGGGCUUGACGGAGUCAAGGCGUCCUACUUUUCAAACAAGGAUCAACGAACAUACUACUUAGACACGGUCAGAAACGACGCAGACUGCAUACAAGUUAAUAUGCAUUACUUCAUGACCAUUCCAUUACUAGAAUUUUUCAACCACGCACAAUCUCUAGCCCAUGUAUCCAUAUACAACUUGGUGACCAUAUACAACAGUUCUCACAAGCUGAACGAGUUGGCACCAAAUCACUUCGUCGGGGAGAUCUUCAAGCCCACACUCUCCGACCACUGUUGCACUACGGCGUUGGAUUUGUACCGAUUACUACGGCAAUUCAACAUCCGCAAUUGCCAAAUGAGUGUAUCUAAUUCGGGCGGAUCUCGACAUCGGUUUCGUGAUUCGAAACUGACUGUGUUGACGUGGAUGGAGCUUGAAGGCAGUCCGUAUAUAGAUCACAUGUGUUUGGAAUGCACUGAGAUCUUCGAGGACCCCCAGGUACCAGGAGGCGGGUUAGCUCUUCGCGCCAUCGCGAUGGACGGUAUUACGAUUGGCCAUCCACGAUGCAGUGCUACAAAAGAGCAACUUGCCUCGAUAAACCCCUCGAUUUCUAACCCACCGCCGUGCACAGUCAUGCUUGAAACACCGAAAGAUCGAUAUUGUCCAAUUCAUAGCCCAAUACUUGGAAAGCUGUGUCAUGCACAGCCUUGUACGCGUGAUGCAAUUGGCAACACCAAGGCGUGCGACCUAACCGAUCACCAAGAAGCUAUUCAAAUAAGACACGAGAAGACUCAUCGAUCUCGUGCCGCGCUCGCUUUCAACCAGCGUACCGGUGCAAAAUUACCUGAGGAUCCAACGGCGGCACUCAACACGGAUACAGACGUAUUCAACCUGGAUGCUCUGAUAGAGGGCAAUGAGACAGAUUGGACCCACGAAGCCGGUCGAGAGGGUGAAGAUACAAUUCGCGCGUCCAACAUCACCAAAAAGCCGACAUGCUCCAACGCCAAGACACACAACGACCUUCUUUUUGUUGCCACUUGCGGUAUAACCCUGGCUAGAGAUACGAUGUAUCGCGCCAAAUCUGUAAUUUUGGUCAGGGAAGUUCCCAGUUCUACCACCCAUACAAUUCUUCGAUAA